UACAAAAUCUCAGUUAAAAAGCAAAUUUUCAGGUAAUUAAUUAUUUUGAAAACAAUCUUAAUGAACAUCAAACGGCAAUAAAUGGGAGAAUAAAUCAGCUUAUUGAAAAUUAUAACAAAGCAAUGAAUGAAGGGGAUCAGGCAGUGGUUAACCAAAUUCGGGAGGAGAAAAUAGAGUUUAUUAUUGGAAGAUUAACUGAUUUUACUGAGUUAAAAACAGAUGAGAAUUACGAAGAUUUUUUAGGACAAUAUGGCUUUAGUAGGGAAAUGGUCUCUAAAGAUUACUUUAUGGGAUUAAGGUGA